AUUCAGUGACUUCAUGUCUUUGCACAAGUGAGAUAGAAUAUGUUGGCAUAGUGUAUAUACCAAGUUGAUGUUAGAAUAUGUCUUCUCCACCAAAGAGAGAGAUGCCACGUGGAUUGGUGAUAGUAUUCGAGCUUCAAAUAUGGAUGGUGCAUAGGUGGACAUAAAGUGCCAAAAGGUGAAGAAGCUCUUCGGAUUUCGGCCACACAUGACCCAUCACAAGUCCACAAUAAGUGCAUUUAUCAUCAACCAACCAGUCUCUCUCUCUCUCAAGUGAGAGUAGCUAUGGAGAUUACUGCCAUGGCUUCAGCAACUCCAAGACCUUCUCUUCCAACUCCUUCUACUUCUCCUUCUCACACAGUCACCACCUUCUGCAAGCCUCAACUGAGACGCCCCCAUAUAUCACUACCAACCUCAACCACCAUUUCUCUACUCGCUCUCUUCACACCUCCCAACGAAGCCAAAGCCGCUCUCAGCAUCUCCAAGGACCAGAUUGUCUCUUCUCUCACCCAAGUGGAGAAAACCAUCGAUCAAGUUCAGGAGGUGGGUUCGAGUUUCCUGGACACGGCACAGCGUGUUGCUGAAGUUGUAGGGAAUGCUUUGAAGCCUGGCAUCGAAACGGCGUUGCCAAUUGUGCAGCAAGCUGGGGAAGAGGCCUUGAAAAUUGCUUCCCCAGCAUUCUCUGAGGCUUCCAAGAAGGCCCAAGAAGCACUACAAAGCUCCGGUGUUGAUACCGAACCUGUUCUCUCUGUUGCUAAGACAGUGGCAGAUGCUGCACAGCAAACGACCAAGGUGAUUGAAGGUGCCAAGCCAAUAGCCUCGUCAACAGUUGAAACCAUAUCUUCUUCAGAUCCUACUGUGAUUGCUGGAACAGCUGGAGCACUAUUUAUUGCAUACCUCCUGUUUCCUCCUCUCUGGUCUGCCAUCUCCUUUAAUCUUCGUGGUUACAAAGGAGAGCUAACUCCUGCUCAAACCCUUGAUCUGAUAUGUACACAAAACCACAUUUUGAUUGAUAUUAGGUCAGAGAAGGAUAAGGACAAAGCUGGUAUCCCUCGCCUUCCCUCUAGUGCUAAAAACAGGAUGGUUGCCAUUCCUUUGGAAGAACUGCCAAGCAAACUCAGAGGUCUAGUCAGGAAUGUGAAGAAAGUGGAAGCUGAAAUAGCAGCUUUGAAGAUUUCAUAUCUCAAGAAAAUCAACAAAGGCACUAAUGUUGUGAUCUUGGAUUCGUACUCGGACUCGGCAAAAAUAGUUGCAAGAACACUAACUAGCCUUGGUUUUAAGAACACCAGCAUUGUUGCUGAUGGAUUUUCUGGAAACAAAGGGUGGUUACAGAGUAGAUUAGGAACAGAUUCUUAUAAGUUUUCGUUUGCAGAGGUGCUGUCACCAUCCAGAGUCAUCCCUGCAGCUGUCAGAGGUUUUGGUACAUCUAGCCAAUCUAGCCCGAAACUUCUUCCUGGGGCUGAUUGACUCUUUUUCUGCACUUAACUCCUGCAAAUAGAAAUCCCUCUUUUGAAUGCUUGAGUCCUCCAAAUUAUUUAUUUGAUUGUUUUCCCAUUAUUAUUUCAUCAAUGUAAAAUCCUUUCUACCUCC